CCCUUUGUCAAGUCGGACGGGUGCAACAGGAUGAAAUAUCCAGUCAAAAAUUGCGGCAACAUGCAAUGCUAUGUAUGUUCCACAACCUGCGAUUACAACCACUUCGGUAUCACUAGAAACUUCCCUCUAUUCGAGAACACCGAGGAACGCCACCAGAUAGAAGUUAAGUCGGCAGGGAAAAACAUAAAGAGGAAGAUCAUAGGGAGGGUCGGAACAGAAUUCGUGACUACCCGCGCGCCAUAG